AUGGCCGCAGUCAGAGCGCUCGUCCUCGCGUGCGUGCUCCUCCUCGUGUCGACGUCCGCCUUGGCGCAGCGUGGUCCGCCUGGCGGAGGUCCCGCCGGGGGGCGACCGGGGGGCUCAAGCGGAGGCCCUGGCGCCGGUUCCGGCGGUCCCGGCGGACCCGGCGGUCGCGACGGUCCCGGGGGGCAUGGCGGGCCUGGCGGACCGCACGGGCCUCCGCUGAACCUGACGGCCGUCGGGAAUCUGACGGCCGAUGUUGGCGCGCAGCUCGCCAACUGCACCGUGGAUCAGAAGACCCUCAACGGCAGCUUCCACCUCGCCGUCUUCAAAAACUCCACCGGAAACUACAAUCUGCUCGUCGAGGCAGUGCUGGUGGACGCGGCGGGCGGUCCGCCCGACUCGCUCGCGAUCGUGAAGGGCGCCGUGUGCGACGCCGCCGCGACGGACAUGCUCGCGCUGCCGCUCGCCGCGGCGGACUGGCAGCAGCGCGCGGGGUGGUGGCUGCUGCACGCGGAGGCGCGCCUCGACGCGUUCCUCGAGAACGCGGACGCCGCCACCCUCGACGCGCUGCUCGCCGUGCUCCCCACCGCCUCGCCUCCGCCCACCAGCGGCGGCGGGCGCAACGGCGGAGGCAGCACCAGCGGGGGGAGCACCAGCGGGGGUGCGCGGAACGGGCAGGGCGGGAGGCGCAUGGGGCGGGAGCUGCUGAUGCACGCAUUCGGGCGCGCUGCCAGGCAGGGGGGACAGAAGCAGGGGGGCCAGCAGCAGGGGGGCCAGCAGCAGCAGGGGGGAGCGCAGCAGGCGCCUGCAGUGAGCGGGUAUGCUGUGCUGGCGGGCAGCAGCGCAGCAGGUGUGACGUGGGGCGGGCAGCUCAUGGGCGCCAAGAUGCCCGCCGCUGCUGUUUAA